AUGUUGCGUUGGGCCACUUGGGCCCUGUUGUGGAGCAAUGUGGCGGGAGAAGCCAAAUUUGCCGAAUUUGCCGAAUGUAGAUUCGGGACGCCAGCAGAAGUGGCAGAGAUAUGGGACAAGCAGACCUUGGCGUCUUUCUCCUUGUCUCAGCUGCAGGCCUUUGCAGCCCUUGCCUGUGGCCAUUGUCCCCUACUCUCACGGGCCUUGCGCUGCCAGAAACGGAAGGUGAAACGGAUGACCUCACCGGACUGGAAGUGGUUGGCCUUCUUGUAUAUGAAGGAGGAGGCCUUUUUGGCGAAGCGUCAGGUCCAGGGCAUGGUGCAGCACGUGUGGCAGAACUACGAGGCUCGCGCCUUUGGAAAGGAUGAGCUGAAACCUGUCUCGGGUCGCGGAGUGGACAGUUGGGGUGGCGUGGGGCAAACCCUGGUGGAUUCCAUGGACACGCUUUGGAUGAUGGGCUUUUACGAGGAAUUUCACCGUGCUGCCACCUGGGCAGAGACACAAUUGGACUUUGACAAGGACUUAAAUGUAAACUACUUUGAGACCUCGAUUCGCCAUUUGGGUGGCUUGCUCUCUGCGUACAUCUUCAGCCAACGUCCGGGGCUUCUCUUGAAAGCCAUUGACCUGGCUGAGAGACUGGCGCAUGCCUUUCCAAAGAGUGAGGCGGAGGUCGUGCCUGAAGAGAAAAGCCGGAAGAUUGCGCGGACUGGCAGCCACCUCUCGCGCUGGUUGAGAGGUGCCAAAAACUUUUUGCAACAGGUGUUUGAGGUGGUUGAGGAGUCUGGCAGUGGAAACUAUUCGGAGCUAGACAUGGAUGAACUUCCUGCGGAUCUUUCUGAGCACCUGGCCAGCCCCAAGAAAUUACCCAGGACGGAAGCGACGCUCCCCUUGUCGGAUGUAAACUUGCGCACGGGCAAAGCUACAGACUUGGCGGGAUAUUUGUCCCUGUCCGAGACCUAUGUGCCGGUGGAGUGGAAAGUCCUGGCACUUCUCACCUCAAAUUGUGAUUAUGUGAGGCAUCAAGACCAGGUGUUGGAAGUGCUGAACCAGAGUGCUGAUUUGGCAUCCACAGGUUUGGGGGCCAUUUUGUUGCGGAAGAAUGGUGACGUCCACGCUAUCAAUGACAACAGAAUCUCUUUAGGGAGCCGAGGAGAUUCCUUCUAUGAAUACCUCUUGAAGGACUCGAUCUUUCUUGGCACACAUGCCAAUCCUAUGGCUCGUGCCAUGUGGGCUUCCUUCCGUGCCAAAUUGCCUGGGCUCCUAGUCGAGACGCCUCCCAGGCACGGUGGAAGGACACAGUGA